UCUCGCUCAUGCGCACUGGGCACCCGGCUGUCAUGCCGAGCGCCAUUACAGAAGACGAGAAGACAGCGCGCGGCUGGAUCGAGGAACAGGUAAGAUCGGGUACCUGUCAAAUUCAGUCUCUGGUCAUCUCCUGUACUGUGUCCGCAGUCUCUGGUCAUCUCCUGUACUGUGUCCGCAGUCUCUGGUCAUCUCCUGUACUGUGUCCGCAGUCUCUGGUCAUCUCCUGUACUAUGUCUGCAGUCUCUGGUCAUCUCCUGUACUAUGUCCGCAGUCUCUGGUCAUCUCCUGUACUGUGUCCGCAGUCUCUGGUCAUCUCCUGUACUGUUUCUGCAGUCCAUUAGUUCAGAAUUUUUUUUCCUGUUUUCUGCCUCUAAAACCUAG